AUGGUUUCAAGUUCACGACCCUUCAACGCUUUCCAGAACACGCCAUACUACACAAUCAAAGUUUGGAAGGACUCUAGCAAGCCGGGUGACUUCAAAGAGUUGGAGGUUUUGAUGGCCACGGUUGUCGCUGUGAGAUGCUGCCCGUACGAGGAGGGUGGCUUCAAUGGUGGAAAGUCGACUGAGAAAGCAGUGAGCUGGCGGACGGCAGGAUGA